AUGAAACAGCGAAUUACAUACGUGGUGCAGAACCCCGAUGAUUUCUCGCCCGAGCAACUUGAAAUCGGAAAAGAUGCCCAAGGUCCAUUCUUCGCCGUCAAGGGCAUUGAAGCCGCAAAGGAACACCGCAUCACGUUUGGGUUAGACGAGCUACAUGACCACCUCAAAAAGUAUUUUGCACAAUGGCACGAAAUGCAUUGGCGUUGGCAAUCGCAAAAACCCUACGCUGCAACACCGCCCUUUACAUCACGGCUGCCAAGUGGUCUACAUGCCUUCUUUACGCCUUUGGACACGACCCCUGACGACCUGUUCUGCAAUGCGCUCAAAGACGUGCCUGGUCUGGAAGCGAAGUGUUCCACCGCCUCUGAGAGCGCUACCAAACUGCCUAUCCUCUCGGAGCGCUUCGCCAUGUCUCCUUCAUCGCAGUUCUACGCUUACCAUGGAGAUGUUAACUUCAUGAAGGAGCAUCUCCAGUCUGAAUUUUGCAAAGGAGACAAAAAGGCUUACUGUAUGGACUUGGUUGCUGAAAUAUUCAAGUCGACGUACAUUGAUGUAGACUACGACACCAUCUCGCGGGUUGUAAUCGUGACUGCAUUCUGGCCACAUGCAGAUGAGACUGAAAAGAGCUGGAACGAUUUAAUCAGGCCGCCGACCAAAGAUGCAAUGGUCGAGAUCGGUGUGCUGAGCCACGAGGGGAACGCGGAUCCAGAAGACAUUCAAUUUGGAGGUUUCUUGACAGUGCUGGGCCAAGACGACAAACCGAAACCCACACGCUUCCAGACACCAACACGCCACUACCCACUCCUUGCGCCCUCGAAAAAUCCCACGACAACACCAAAAUCCCACCCGCUCACCUACACAACCAGCUUCAACCAGCCUACAGGCCUCCACCCGACCCUAACCCUCACCUUCCCAGCACAAAACUUGACUGCCCCAGCCUCAACGUGCAAACUACACACGUACCUAACCCUCCCGUCGUACCUCUUCAUCGACCAAUACCAAUUCAACGACCUCCUCUUCCUGCAAUCCAAGAACCUCAAGCGUUUGCGCUCCAUCGCCGGCACCACCGACCUGGAAGCCCCAGACUGGGCCGUGAGCCAGUGGGGUUCCGCAGCGCUGUUCGAGCUGGCCGUGCCGAAACCAGAAAAGAUCGAGUACCCAGAAGUCGAUGUCGGGGCUGGCGAAAACGUCUGGGAGGGGCUGCCGACGCACAAGAUGCCAGAGGGUGACUGGAAUAUUAGUAUCCCGUUGCAUUUGCGCUACUUGCCUGCUGAGCCGCGCUCGCACACGCGCUUGCCGGUGCCGUGGCCCGUGGUGUUUUGGGCGUGUAGAGCAGAAGAGGGGGCGCUGCAUGCGUCGAAUCCGUUUGAUAGGGUGCAUCUGGGGUAUGAAGGAUUGUUUGGGCCCAAGACGCGGUUCAUGACUGUGCAGCCGGAUGUUGCGACGCAGGAGCUGGUCGAGUAUAUUCAGGUGCCUGUGCUGGAUACGAGACGGGCGGGAUGGGUUCAGGCGGGGACAAUGGGAGUCGUGUUUGCGGCGUUUUUGGGACUGUGCUGGGUCUUGUUUGGGGGGAGUAGAAGCAAGGGACAAGACAAGGCCGCCAAGGGGAAGAAGACGCAGUAG